UGUCAUGAACUGCCGAAAAAAGUCACUUCAGAAGGGUUUGGUCCAGCAAAGAGGGGCCCCUCUCGAUACAUUUAACCCAUUUGACAAUGUCAGUUCCAAUCAUGCUGGAUCACUUGUCUUGACGCAUCUGCUUUUAAUUGAGCUGCAUUUGUAGAAAGGAGUGGGGCCGUGAUGUUGGUUUUUUGGCUCUCCUAAUGAGAUUUAUUUAUGAAUUAGUUGUUCGGUACAGCCCCUCCUGAGCAGAGCCCAUUUUUCCUUCUUAUUCUCUUUGGAGUCAUGUCGCUCAGUGAUUGCUGAUGCAACUUUUUGUCAUCCAGAGUUUGCCCUCGCCUCCUGUGAGCCUUCAGGGAGGGCUAUAUCUAUCUUGGCACAUCCCCGGGUGUGUUGGAGGUGGGAGUGACUCAUUAAGCAGGUGUGAGCAUCCACUUCUAUACUGCUGCACGCCAAACAAGCACACAGGGAAGAGCCAUGAUGGCAAUAUUACUAACGCAUCACAAUAAAUCUUUGCACUGGAUCCUUGCCAAGACGCAAGGAUAAUGAGCUGCUGUUCCUCCAUUAUGCUCGCUCUCGUAUUCAUCAGAGGUAGACUUUCCCAACAUCCAUUACCAAUAGAACGAUUGAGAGCUCUUUAUUUGAAUCCAGAUUCAUAAAAGAGGUGAAUUAAUCCCAGUUUGUUCUCGAUUAUGUGUGAGGGUGGACCAAAGAGGACAGUCAUGAUCUGCAGCUUCAGAAGUUACCCAGAUCAGCUGUCACUUGGUGAUAGCACCAUCACUGCACUGCAGAAGCAUUUGCAAAGAAGUCAUGCACCUGCAACGUGAGGAACAAUUUGCAGGGGGGGAAGCAAAAAUUGCACCAGAAUUGAGAAAAAAUGACGCAUCGGGCAGCUCAAGAUUGGGCUUUCAUUAGUAAGAUGGAAUCCAUGUUGCUCAUAUCUAAUCUCCUCAUAUAGUCAUCUAAGAGAAAUGUUUAUUUUUGAAACACCCCGAACAUCCAAUUUUACAUAAACAGGACAUUUUUAAAUGGCACGCAGUGUUAUCACGACUUUGGUGGAGACGCGCUUGUUACGCAAAACCUCAAAAAAGAAAAAAAAGAGAGGGGUGGAAAAGCCUACUCUGGAGGAGGCUGAGCAGAAAAUACGGAAGAGGAGAGGCUUCAAUCGUUUGUUCUGUUUUGUAGAUGCGGACAAACAAAGGGGGAGUAAUGCACCUUAAAAUCGCACUAAUAGUUUCGCCUCUGGGCUGUUAGUUCGGUUACGACCAGUCAGCCGGCGGCAGGUCACAUGUUGCCGCGUCAUUGUGUAGUAAAGUUACUGUAGUUGCAAAGAGGAUCCUCAUUUCGACUCCAGAGGUCUCCCAUCCCGCGGUGCUGCUGCUGCGUUUUUACGUGCGACAACUUCAGUUUGAGACGAUUUUCAAAGGGAACGCGCAGCCAUGGGAAUGCAUUACCUCAGCUAUGCAAUUUCCACCAUCAAUAAUUUAAUUUAUUUGCUCCAAAGCUGAAGAGAUAUCCCGAAGCUUUUUACCGAGAGAGUUGCAGGGAGAGGAGAAAUACCGCUAAAGUCAAAUUUUACUCAGGGAGUUGUCCAAAACAUCCCAGAUGACUACACUAUCCUCUUGAAUGGUCUGUUUUACCGACUGGGCAGUAAAAGUUCCACCAGGUUAGAAGAGUGAUGACCAUCCUGUUCCUUACUAUGGUUAUUUCAUACUUCAGUUGCAUGAGAGCUGCGCCCCUGAGAGAUGCCCCGGGCAUGCGGGGCCAUCGGACGGAAGGCUACCUGGGCGCCGCUGCGACGGCCGUUCGAGGCCACGGGACUCUGCAGAGCGGCGGCGGGCCGGGCCAGCACGGGGAACUCCCCUCACUCACAGACACAUUUGAGCAAGUGAUAGAAGAGCUGCUGGAGGUGGAGGGAGAGGCGGCGCAGCUGGGACAGGGGGCGGAUAAGAGCCAGGCAGGUGGGGGCCCAUCGCCUGUGGUCGCCGCAGAGACCAAGGAUGUCGACCUGUACAAUUCGCGGGUGAUGAUCAGCAACCAAGUGCCUUUGGAGCCGCCGUUGCUCUUUCUCCUGGAGGAAUACAAAAACUAUCUGGAUGCCGCUAACAUGUCCAUGAGGGUGCGGCGGCACUCUGAUCCAUCGAGGCGGGGAGAGCUCAGUGUGUGUGACAGUAUUAGCCAGUGGGUGACGGCUGUGGAUAAAAAGACGGCAAUAGACAUGUCUGGGCAGACGGUUACCGUCAUGGAAAAGGUCCCUGUCCCCAAUGGCCAACUGAAGCAAUACUUUUAUGAGACCAAAUGCAACCCCAUGGGGUACACAAAGGAGGGCUGCAGAGGAAUAGACAAGCGGCAUUAUAACUCCCAAUGCAGGACAACCCAGUCCUACGUGCGAGCACUCACCAUGGAUAGCAAACGGAAGAUUGGUUGGCGGUUUAUAAGGAUAGACACUUCCUGUGUAUGCACAUUGACCAUUAAAAGAGGGAGAUAGUGUAUAAAAUGUAUAGAUUUUAUUGCAGAGUUUAAAAAAGAAUAAAGAGAAAAUAUCUAUUUGUAUAUAUACUUAACAGGGUAAAUUAUUCCGUGAAAAAUUUUAUGAACUGCAUGUAAAAAAGAUGGUUUAUACAGUAAAAGUGAUACUACAGUCUAUUUAUUGAACAUAUUCAUGACCUUGUAAACAAUUAAAAAAAAUCUGAUGAGUCUUUUUGCGCCCAGUUUAAAUUACUAUAUCACUUGACUCAAGACAUUGUGAUUUGUUUACAUUGCCAAGAAUUAGAAAAUGAAGGGAGAAGAUUAAAAAAAAAAAACAAAGGCAAAGAAUGAAGGAAUGAGAGAGGACGGUUCCAUCUUCAAAAGCUUGCAUGCUGCUUCAAU